UGUGCUCAUCACUUGUGAAUGUUUGCUUUCCACAGCUCUCAUUCCUGCAAAGAAUGAAUUUGAGCCACCUGGAGAAUAUGCCUUUAGGCCAUUCAAGUCCUCAAAGAGCACAGAGACCAUCCUGGAAGAAAUGGCUACUCUACUCAACAACAGUUAUUUUGCUAUUACUUUGCUCCUUCAGUACACUAAUCUUUACUUGUCUUCCACUCAAGACUGUCAAUGGGCCCUGUAUUGCAAAGUUUGGACCAUUACCUUCAAAAUGGCAAAUGCCCUCUCCUGAGCCUUCUUGUGUGAAUAAGACAGCUGAUUGGAGGCUGAAAAUACUUCAGAAUGGUUUGUAUUUAAUUUAUGGCCAAGUGGCUCCCAAUACAGCCUACAAGGGGCGAGCUCCUUUUGAGGUGCUGCUACGUAAGAAUGAAGACCCCAUACAAGCUCUAACGAACAACUCUACAAUCCAGAACGUAGGAGGGGCUUAUGAAUUCCAUGCUGGAGAUGUAAUAGACUUGAUAUUCAACGCUGAGCAUCAGGUUCUAAAAAAUAACACAUACUGGGGGAUCUUUUUGCUAGCAAAUCCCCAGUUCAUCUUCUAGAGACUCGAUUUGGUCUCCUCCGUCCUCUUCAGCACAUGCAGAGAUACCAGUGGGUAGGACGGAGGAGGAAGAUUUUCAGUGCCUACAGUUCAUCUGGGCACACAGAUCAACACAAACAGAACUCCUCUUCAUGUGGAUUUUCAUUUCUCAUGCCUGUCUGAAUAAGACUCAAAGGGAGGACCAAAGACAUUUGGUUACCCUUGACGUUAGGUCAGCAAAGGCACUUUACUAGUUCAUAAUAAAAUGAAUACGGGUGGCUAGAGGACAGAAUCUUCUCAAAGUGUCUUUGUCUAAUCCUUGAAUCCCUGGGUGGAAAAAAAUGAAGUCUUAUUCCCAUGGGAGCCUUAUCUGGUAUGAAAAAAGAUCCAGGGCAGUAGCCUGGCCUUGUUCUCAUACUCUUGGACCGUGGAUUGCUUGACUUCAUUCUUCCCAUAUUCCCAUCUUCUGAGACCCUCCUAAUAAAAAGUAGACUUGGACGGUGGCCACAGAUAUGCCAGCAAUACACCACUUUAGAUUUGAUGGCAUUAGAGGAUAGAGAACACUCUUGAGAACUAUUGGGACAGAGGCACAGGUGGCAUUGGAAUGGAACGCACUUUAUUCGGGAAUUUUCCUUGAUUUUAUCAUACUCAGGAUGCAGGGUGCUUUAUAAAACCAGCUGGUCAAAAGGGUCAUUCUGAACCUCACAUAGGGCUUCAAGAGAACUUGUGUAUGUGUCUAAACGUUGUCAAUAGUAAAGAAAGAGUAAUCAUUACUAAUCAUAAGCUUUACCCCAGAAAUUGAUAUUACCAGUACUGUAUUUUAUCAUGUAACGAUUUCAUAUUUUUAGCUAGCUCUGCACAGUUUGCAAAGUGCUUUCAUAUAUCACUUGACAAUUCUAUGAAGUUAAUGGAGCAGGUAUU